AAUUUGUCGUAAUUAUGCAACUGCUUCGUCAACUCAAACACCCUCGGCAUUCCAAGUUUUUGAUCGUAAUGUAAAAAAAAUACAAAGAAAUCGGGCAGCUUUGGAUGUCGAAAAUAGUAGACAAGUUGAUUAUCUUAAAGAUGAAAUUGCUUAUCGAAUUGUGGAUAGAUUGUUGGACAUCAAAAGAAAAUUUGAAGUUGUUGUUGAUUUGGGAAGUGGUUGUGGACAUAUAAUUAAACAUGUAAAUGAAGAUAUAAUGAAAAAGUUAAUUAUGUGUGAUAUGUCAGAAAAAAUGUUGGAAAGGGAUAAGGAUAUAAAAGCUGAUGUGGAAGUUGAAAGAAUGGUUGUAAAUGAAGAAUUGUUGCCAUUUAAAGAAAAUUCUUUGGAAAUUGUUUUGAGUGCAUUAAUUCAAAUAAACAGAUCCUUGAAACCAGAUGGAGCAUUUAUAGCUUCAAUGUUUGGUGGAGAUACUUUAUUUGAACUGAGAACUUCAUUGCAAUUAGCCGAAUUAGAGAGAGAAGGCGGUAUUUCACCUCGAAUAUCUCCCAUGACAGAUGUUAGAGAUAUUGGAAGUUUACUCUCACGUGCUGGUUUUACUUUAACCACCAUAGAUACUGAUGAAAUUAUAGUAAAUUAUCCAUCAAUUUUUGAAUUAAUUCAAGAUCUACGAUCAAUGGGCGAAAGUAAUGCAGUAAUAUCAAGGAGACCUUUCUUGAAAAGAGAUACAUUAAUAGCUGCUGCUUCUAUUUAUAAAGAAUUGCACGGAAAUCCAGAUGGCACAAUUCCUGCAACUUUUCAGAUUGGAUGGAAACCAGAUUUAUCACAACAAAAACCAAAAGAAAGGGGAUCAGCUAAAGUAUCAUUAAAAGACAUAUUAGAAAAAUAA